CAAAGGCUUCAGAACUAAUAGAGCACAUCACACACAUCUGGAAUUUGAUCUGCAGCAAAGUAAUAGUUCAACAAACACUGAGAGAUCAUCAAAACAUCAGGAUCCUUGAAGUGAAUUGUGUAACCUUCAGCCAAUGGUGUGUUCAGAAUCUUCUCUGUAUGCUGAUACUGUAGACUGAUGAAAAACUCAGGAUCGGUUGAUGUUCAUCACGAUUUGUUACUGCUCUGGUCAGUCGUGAGAGGGUGGUCUCGGAGAGGGCGUGUUUUACUGUGGAGGGUUGGGUUUUUUUUUGGAGACGUCGUGAGAAUGAGAGUGUGUGUGUGUGUGUGUGUGCGUGUAAUCGAGUGCGCCCGUGUGUGAACGGGAUGAGGCUGGAAUAACGGAGCGCCUGCUUGGACUUUGGAGGUCUUCGUGGAGGUCUUUUAGGAUGUGGAAUUCUUAUCUCCUAGACAUAUGAAACUGUUUUGGGUUUUUUUUUGUUGUUGUUGUUUAUUUGGGAAUCCGGUGACAAGUUUGGAUUUAUUUAUUUUUUUGGUAAUUGGAUUUAUUUUCCGUGCAUGAGGAGCAUUUUGGUGGUCGGAUGUAGUAAACGUUUAAACCUAGUAGUCAUCAAGAAAUUUCCUUCUGAGUUGAUGAGCUUUACAAGGCGGUCCAGGUGACGCAGAAACCGCGCCGCUUCAUCCAGCCGAGACGCACCGGAGACGCGCAGAGCUCCAUAAGUUCGCCCCCCCGGUCCACGUUCUCUGGAAGCCAUGGCUUUAAGUAGGAACAUCGAGUGGGAGCACUUUGAGGAACGGGAGAAGACGCCGCGGUCGGGUCGCGGAAGCGCUGCGGGCUCCCGUGUAGCGUCCCGGGGCAACGGCAACGGCUACGGCUGUGGGUCGGUGGCGAGUCCCGCACACAGCGCGCACUGCAGCUUCUACCGGGCGCGCACGCUGCGCUCCCUGGCUGCCGAGAAGAAGGCGCGGAAGGUGCGCUUUUACCGAAACGGAGACCGCCACUUCGAGGGCCUGGCGUACGCCGUGUCCGGCGACCGCUUCCGCUCACUGGACGCGCUGCUCGCCGAGCUCACAAGAUCCCUAUCGGACGGUGCGAGCUUGCCGCAGGGAGUGCGCUGCAUUUACACCAUAGACGGAGCGAGGAAGGUCAGCAGUCUGGAGGAGCUUGUAGAGGGUGAAAGCUACGUCUGCGCCUCGAAUGAACCCUUCCGCAGAGUGGACUACACCAAGAACGUGAACCCCAACUGGUCUGUGAACGUUAGGGCAGGUACCUCACGUUCUCUCUCCUCUUUACCCAUACUAAAAAACGAGCUGAGGGAGCGAGAAAACAAGGACUUCAUCCGGCCCAAGCUGGUGACGGUGAUCCGGAGCGGGGUGAAGCCACGCAAGGCCGUACGCAUCCUCCUGAACAAAAAGACGGCACACUCGUUCGAGCAAGUGCUCACGGACAUCAGCGAUGCCAUCAAGCUGGACUCAGGAGUGGUGAGGAGACUCUACACACUGGAGGGGAAGCAGGUGACGUGCCUGCAGGACUUUUUUGGCGAUCACGACGUAUUCAUUGCGUGUGGUCCGGAGAAGCAUCGCUACGCUCAGGAUGAUUUUGUGUUGGAUCACAGUGGUAAGGCUUGUGCAGCCUUUCUGAAUGAAUGCCGUGUGCUAAAAUCGUCCUGUACUUCCCGCUCCACCACUCCAGUGAGGUCAAGUGGCAGUAAGAGUCCAGCACGGCGCAGCAAAUCUCCUGGAUCAGUGAGGAAAAGUUCUCCAUACUUUUACUCCAGUGGUCAGUCUCCAGUUAAAUCCCCAGUUAACGGAGUGGUUCCCAGCCUGAGUCAGAUUUCCACCUCCAAAUCCACCAAGUCCUCCAGCUCGUCCCCCACAAGUCCCCGCAGCAUGCGCAACUUCAAGUUUAGUUGCAACAAGCGGAUGGGGGCUGCCUUCCAUCUUUCUGUGAAGAUUCCGACCCAUCAAUCGUCUGCUUCGAAUGUAAGUGUCUCCUCUGAGCAGCAUCAGCCUCAACACAUUGACAACACCAGCUCUGAGGUUAAUGGAAACAGAAAUCCUACAGCUUCAGCCAUCAUGGAGAAGUACAUUGUGGGAAAGGUUAUCGGUGAUGGGAAUUUCGCAGUGGUGAAGGAAUGCGUUGAACGGUCGACUGGAAAGGAGUUUGCCUUAAAGAUCAUUGAUAAGAAUAAAUGCCGGGGCAAAGAGCACCUGAUUGAGAGCGAGGUGGCUGUACUAAGGAGGGUCAAACACCCUAACAUUAUAAUGCUGGUGGAGGAAGUGGACACAUCCUCCGAGCUCUAUCUCGUCAUGGAGCUGGUGAAGGGUGGAGAUCUGUUCGACGCCAUCACGUCUUCGAUGAAGUACACCGAGAAAGAUGCGAGUUCCAUGGUGUACAACCUGGCCGCCGCUCUUAAAUACCUACACAGGAUGAACAUCGUCCACCGGGACAUCAAACCCGAAAAUCUGCUGGUGUGUGAAUAUCCGGACGGCACUAAAUCUCUGAAGCUGGGGGACUUUGGUUUGGCGACAGUGGUGGAAGGGCUUCUGUACACCGUGUGUGGGACGCCGACGUACGUCGCCCCGGAGAUCAUAGCAGAAUUGGGUUACGGUAUAAAAGUGGACAUUUGGGCAGCAGGUGUGAUUACAUACAUCCUGCUGUGCGGCUUCCCACCUUUCCGGAGUGAGAAUAAUGUGCAGGAGGAGCUGUUCGAUCAGAUCCUGCAGGGCCACCUGGAUUUUCCUUCUCCCUACUGGGACAACAUUACGGACUCGGCUAAGGAGCUGAUUGGCCAGAUGCUUCAAGUGAACUCUGAGAGGAGGUACUCAGCUGAAGACAUUUUGUGUCACCCCUGGGUCACGGAUGAAGCUGCAGUGGACAACAACAUGAAGACAGAGGUGACGGGGAAGCUAAAGAAGCACUUCACCUCCGCGCAUAAAGAGGGCAACACCACCGCCGGAGUGUCUGUUAUAAUGAACACAGCUCUAGAUAAGGAAAAGCUGCAGUUGUGCCGUCGCAGUCAGGGGAACAGCGCUGAAGGGGAAGGACGAUUGGGACACAGCGGCUCACAGAAGAAAUGCCCCUCUGGCUUACCAGAGGACCCCAAAAGCCCCGGAGAUGCCCCUCUUCAGGCUUUACCCUGCCCCCAGCCCUUCUCUGAGGUCCCUCCCCUGUCGUCCUCUCCAUCCUCUCCUCAAUGCAUGGAAGAACCGGAUGGGGAGCGAGCUUUUGAGCGGGAGGAAUAGAUCCGCUUAGAACAAAUACACCAUAUGGAAGAGGAAGGAAGACUGACAACAACAUAUACAAUAACAAGUUCCGUUUUAAAUCCAUUCCAGCUUUUGUUUUGUUUCUUUAUUUUGCCUUUUUUUUUGGAGCUGUUUCUUGUUCAAUGUUUUAAAAUAACAAAUAGUUGUAAUGAGGAAAUUGAACGACCAUUGAAUUUUUAAUACUGAAAUUGAAACAUAGGAUUGAUAUAUAAUACAAAAUCUCAUGUUUCUGGUUCUGCUUUCUUUUUGGUAGGUUUUAUUUUUUCGAAUUCAGACUAAACUAUAAUUAUUCGAUUCAGUCCGUGUAUGUUGAUUUUAUUUUUCACUCAUUUUGGAUAAUUACUAUUUGUUUCUGAGCCACACAAAUAAUUGAAAAUUCAUUAUUUGUUCGUUUUCUCAUUUUGUUUAAUAACACAAUGUGCAGUCUGAUAAAUUUAACAAUACCGAAUAUGAUCAAUGCCCUGAAAUACACAAUAUUUCCAAUCUAACAUCCACCACUAAUCUGGAAGUCAAAGGAAAUUUCAUUGGCACUCUUUUCCUAGGAAAAAAUGUCCCCAUUGGAGCUAUUUGCACAAAUGAUGAAUAAUAUGAUCUAGAACCACAUGGUGCAGAGUGAUUUUUUUUUUAUGCAAUGAGCAUUUUUGUGCAUUUUAUAACUUUUUUUUUAGAAGAGGACGUGUGGGUCUCCCAUUUCCUGUCUCUCUCUUAUUGCUUUUAAAAAGCAUAAAGUGAUCCAUAUGAACUUUUUGGCCUGAAGCCAGAAUGUUGGAUAAAGCCACUGAUGCAUUAUGCACUGAUAGUUAAUCACAAACCCUUAAUAACUCAAAGUAAUUGUUUUUGUAAGUCAAAAAAAAAAAAAAAAACAAGGCUAAAAAAUCAAAUAUAAAAAUAAUAUAUAAAUGAGGCGUAUUUAAAAUAUUUGACAUUUUAAGCAAAAUUAGUGCAUUUCAAAAAAGUUUUCAUCUUUUUUUAUUUAUUUAUUUUUUUUUAUUGAAAAGAUUUAUGCAACAUACAUGGACCGUACCAGAACCUGGUAUCUUUUUAAUUCAGACUGAGCAAUAAGUAAAAUUUGAAUGAGUUUAUUAGUGUUUCAGUUUCUUUAUUAAAAAUUCAGUGCAACUUUCAAAUCCGUUCCCAUGCACUCUGAUUCUACGUCCACGUUAAUCCGAUAUGAAAAAUGCUUUGCAUCUACACUGAUGUUUUCAUAGCGUUUAUAUGCUUGUUCCACACUGAAACGUCUCACAACUCCCACAUUGCUGUACUCUGCAUGCAUGAAAACAUUAGAAGCUCCUCCCCGUGUGGAUUCUGUCAGGUGUUUGUUUGCUUUCUGUCUCAUUGAAUUGAUGCAGUGAUGCAUUGAGGAUAAACACCUUUGGGGAAAAAAAUGCAAUCUGCAAGUUGUACAAAGUAAAAUUUUUUUUUUUUUACAAUGCAAUCAAACUAGCAGGAUUAGAAAUUGCAGUAAGACAUCGUCCACCAUCUUGUUAAGUUGAGUGGGUCAAGUGUGCUUCAGUCAUGUGACCCAUGCCAUAAAAAAGUCAUUUUUAAAAGACUUUUUUUAAAUGCCCCUUUUUUCAAUUCUUUCACCUUAAUCAGCAUAUUCAAAUAUUAAAAAAAGACUAAGAUGUGUUUUAAAAAUGAUCUGACUAAAGUGGAGCUUUGUGAACAUUCCUUCAUGAAGUGGUUAAUGUUAUUUAAGCCAUUAGUCCACUAAAUCCUGAGCCUAUGGGCAGGAAGCUAAGCAGUUACUAUAUGGCCCUAGACUGCCUUGUGUAAGCAUUUCAGCCUGGUGGGGGCUGUGUAGUGAUAUGAGGAUGCACCCAUAGUGAGAUAAAUGAGAAUUACAUGAGAGUUGUCAACAUUUUUUACAUUUUCUUUUUUCUGUAAUUUUUUUUGGUGACUCGUUCUCUAAAUCGUCUCAUCGUAUGCUCUUUCCUUUAUAAGUAUUCUGUUCAUCAAUGCACUUUCACAAAUACUCUAGGUGAAUUUCUGCCUAACCCAGUUAGAGAUGCUGUGUGGCCAUGAUAAAAUAUGUUCAGUAAUGGCCAUAAAGUGAUGCACAACAUCAGCAAUGAUACUCCAGAGAUGUUGGGUUUGCAUUUUGUGCACAGAAACCAUUCCUCACACCAAAAGACAAUCAGGAUGAACUGCUCACACAAAGACAGGUUCCUCGCAUGGACCAAUACUGCCGAGGACAAACGUAGACCAUUCUGACUUUAGAAAGAAUUUCACUGUGCUGUAAUGUACAUGUGAAGAAGAACCUCUUUCUUUUCUUUAAGAAAGUCUUUUCGAGAGUAAACUGCAGGCGUAAAUAUUGGCACCCCCAUCGUUUAACCUCUCGCUUUUUUCUUUUUCGAAUCCCAGAAAUGAUCAUUAAACAUAUUCGUUGUUGUUUUUUUCUAAUCCUUAUUUAAAUCAGUUUGAGUUAUAAAUACAAAUCCGAAUAACUCCGAUGAACAAUUUGGUGUCGGUUUCGUGUACACUAAUGCAAUAAAUAUCGUUACUUAAAUUAACCUUGUUAUUAUUAAAAACCAAUACUUUUUUUUUAGUGCUUUAUUUUAGGGUUUGUAUCUGUGGCCUCCAGCUGUGCUGUCAGCGCUGCACAUCUGUCUGCGGCAUGUCUCCAUUCCCCCGGUGGAGUACGAGACGCUUUUGUAGUACGAGACUCUGCGUUUAGCAGGCAAUAUGAGUGUGUUUUAUUUAUUGUGUGAACCGAUCGGCAUGAAUGAAUGUGGAAAGUGUGAUUUUUCACUAGUGUGUGUGGAAAUGUGUGUGUUUGUUUGACAUGGGCUACUAGACUUGAAAAUGGGUUUCAUUUUUUUGUAAGAAAUGAGACAUUUGCCUUUUGAAUAAAUAAUGUGAAGGGCUGAUUGUGGGUAAAUUAGAAGGUUAUUUAGGAGGUUAAUUAGGAGGUUAAUUAGGAGGUUAGUGCCUCUUUGCUGUAAUAUGCUGUAAUUCUGCAUUAGUUCUGCUCCAGUACCUUCAUGUUAGAAGUAUGGCAGUGUUUUUAUCAGAUCUUCAAUCGUUUUUUUUUUUUUUUUUUUUCUAAGCUACACUACAUGGACAAAAGUAUCGGGACACCUGACCUUUCCAGCCAUAUGUGAUUCUUUCAAAAUGUUACCCCAAAGUUGGACACAUACUUGUAUAGGAUGUCUUUGGAUGUGGUAGCAUGAUAUUUUGGCUUCACAUGAACCAGGAGACCCAAAUCUGUUCCAGCAUGGCAUGUUCCCUGUGCACAAAGACAGCUCUAUAAAAUUGUAUUUACAUGGGUUGGAUAUGGUGAAAGAUCUUGAGCGGCCUGCUGUAGAGCUCUGACCUCAAUCUUAUUGAACUCCUUUGAGAUCAAUUGUUUAACAUUGACGGCACCUCAGGACUCCUCACCUCACCUGCAUCAGUACCUGAUAUUACUAACACCCUUGUGGCUGAAUGAGCACAAAUCUCCACUCAAAUCUCUAGUAGAACAUAUUUUCAGAAGAGUGGAGGUUAUGAUAACAGUAAAUGGGGAAUAAAUGUGGAAUAGGAUGUUCAAAAAGUACAUCCGAAUCUCAUGGUCAGGUGUCCACAAACUUUUUGUCUAUUUUUUCACCCUUCAGGUUUGUUGGAUAAUCUAGUAAAGACACGCAUGAUUUACUCCUGUAUCUGACUAUAAUCUUUCUCUAUGACACACACACACGUUCAGCAAUAAUCUUUAUUCAAUUCAGCAUUAUAUUCAGUGUAUUAGUUGUACUGUUGUUAUAAACCUCAUACGCUGCAGCUACGAAACAAUCUGUUCCUCAAAACAUCUUUGAUGCUUUAGUGCUGUAUAUUUGAGCUGCUUUGAGCUGAUUUUCAUUUCAGGCUUCUUGUGUUGAAAGUGACUUUGCGUUAUGGAGUCAAGGUGAAAUAAAGGGGAAAAAACUUUUA